AGACGGGCACCGCCUUGCCUGGGACGUUAUAUACCGCGCGACAGAGAGGGUGGGCCAACACAUGGCGUCGCUCCCGCGCGUCCGCGCCGUCGUCCUCGGCGCCGUCCUGCUCCUCGCGCUCGUCGAACUCGGCCUCAGCUGCGCGCUGCUGCAGGCCACCGCGGGCCUCGAGACGGUGUCGCUCACUCACACGAUCCUCGCGCUCGCCGCCGCCGCGUUCACCAUCCUCGUCGUCGUGCCGCUCCUGGUCCUCGCGGGCGUCCGGCCCGGCGGGCCCGCGUCGUCCCUCGCCGCGGAGCUCCCGCUCCUGGGGCUGUGCGCCGUCCUGUGGCUCGCGGCGGGCGGCGCGACCGCGCACGCGCUGGGGGACACCGACCUCUGGGCGUACGGCUACACGCCGUACUGCGCGCGCGCGUUCGUCGCCGUGGCGCGCGGCGCGUUUCCGGCCAUCUGCGCGCAGACGCGCGCGCUCGCGGCGUUUGCGUUCGUCAUCGGCGUGCUGUUGGUCGGCUACUUGGCUAUGCGCGUCGCGCUCGCGGUCCGGCGCAAGCAGCCCGUGUGGACGACCUCCGUCGGCGGCCGCGCGGACCGGGCGAAGGCGCAGGGCGGCGGGCCCGGGCCGGCCCUGGCGCAAGCGUGAGCGUGACAGGGACCGUCUUUUGCACGAGGCAGACUUUCGGAGUGCUGGCUGGCGUAUUACGAACAGAAUAUAUCGAAGUCCAAUCCCCUUUUCUGAGUGUCCAUGAUCCGAGGCCGGGCAGAGAGAUUUCGCUGAUUUCUGGGAAUCGGCGCGGAAUCUGCAGGUGCGCGGCUCUGUGA